AUCCGACGCUCAGCCAAUCACACGGCGGGACCCAAGAUGGCGGAGGCGGCCUUGUGUGUCAGGAGUAGUCGGGAGCUAUGGACAAUUCUUCUGGGUCGGUCAGCAUUGAGAGAACCGGCGCAGAUUGAGGCAGAGCUUGACAGGCACUGGGAAAAGCUACAUCAAGGGCUUACCUACUACAAACCAGCCAGUUCAUCAGCUGUGGCCAGGCUGAAGGCAAACAAGGAGGCUGCCAAGCCACUGAAGGACUUCUCACUUAGGAUAAGCAAAUUGCUGGGUCUUGAUGAGGAAAAGAGUUUGCAGAUUUUACAGUGCUACCUACAAGAGGACUACAGGGGAACGCGUAAUUCAUUAAAGUCUGUUCUCCAGGAUGAGAGACAAAGCCAGGCAUUACUGCUCAAGAUUGCAGACUUUUACUUUGAGGAGCGUGUGUGUCUCCUGCGAUGCGUCCUACUCCUAUUGACAUACUUUCAGGAUGAGAGACAUCCCUACAAAGCAGAGUAUGCUAGCUGUGUGAAUAAACUGGAGAAGGACCUAGUGGCCAACUACAAGUCACAGUUUGAGAACUUGUUCAAAGCAGAGGCUCCAACAUGGGAGACCCAUGGCAAUCUAAUGACGGAGAGGCAGAUCUCGCGGUGGUUCCGCCAGUGUCUUCGAGAACAGUCUCUGCUGCUGGAGAUCCUGUUCCUGUACUACGCCUACUUUGAGAUGAGUCCGACCGACCUGCUGAGCUUCACCAAGCUGUUCAAGGAGCAAGGCUUUGGCCUCAGGCAGACCAACAGACACCUGGUGGACAAGAGCAUGGACCCCCUGGUCGACCGCAUCGGGUACUUCAGCUCUCUUAUCCUGGUAGAAGGGAUGGACAUUGACUUCCUUCACAAGUGUGCACUGGAGGACUGCACGGAUCAGCACCAAUUUUACAGCACACCUGAGGUCACCAAGGAGAUGGACCAGCUGCUGCUGACGCUGGGAGACAUCCCCCACCACGGGCCGGUGCUACUGUCCUGGGUGCUGCUGAGGCACACGCUGAAGCCCAACGAGUCUAGCCCCGUCGUCAGGAAGAUCGGCAACACCGCCCUGCAGCUGGGGGUCUUCAAGUACCUGUCCACCAUGCUGCAGGGCCUGGGGGUCUCGGGAAACAACUGUACAGCCAGCACUGCCAAGAUGUGCAUCUAUGGCCUCCUCUCCUUCGUCAUCACCUCCUUUGAAGAGGAGACCCUGGGCAGCCCACAGCAUCUGAUCGACGCUGCAUGCGAGGUGCUCUCUGCUCCGAGUCUUGCCGAGCUCUUCUGGGAAAUGAGACCCAACAUGGGCCUGGGCAUGAUCCUGGACAGCGCUGUGGGGAUGUUUCCUCACAAGACCGGCCCGCUGCUACAGCUCCUCACCGCUCUUCUGUCAAACAAGUCCACCGUAAAGAAGGUUUACACUUUUCUGGACAAGAUGUCUUUCUACACGGAGGUGUACAAGCAGAAGCCCAACGAAAUCAUCUCCAAGGACGACGAGACACUCUGGAGGAGACAGAUCCCCAAACUCCUCUAUCCUCUUGGCUCCGGGCAGACCAACCUGCGGAUGCCCCAGGGCGUUCUGGGCCAGGUGGUGAUGGCGGGGGAGCAGGGCUACGUGGUGCGCUGGGACUACUCCUACAGCGCCUGGACCCUGUUCACCUGCGAGGUGGAGAUGCUGCUGCACGUGGUGUCCACCGCAGAUGUUAUCGCCCACUGUGAGCGGGUGAAGCCCAUCCUGGAUCUGGUCCAUAAGAUCAUCAGCACGGACUGGACCGUGUCGGACUGUCUACUGCCUCUGACCUCUCGCAUUUACAUGUUGCUGCAGAGGUUAACAUCGGUUAUUAACCCUCCGGUGGCCGUGAUCGCUUCCUGUGUCAACUGCCUUAUCGUGUUGGCUGCCAGGAACCCUGGGAAGGUGUGGUCCAGUCUGCACCACACAGGCUUCCUGCCCUUCGCCUCCAGCCCGCUCACCAGCAUGGCCCAGUCUAUCAGUGCUGAGGGCAUGAAGGCGGGUAACUAUGGCAACCUGCUGGUGCAGAUCGAGCAGCCCAGGGGAGAAUACGCCGUCACCAUCGCCUUCCUCCGUCUCAUCACCACCCUGGUGAAGGGUCAGCUGGGCAGCACCCAGAACAAGGGUCUCAUCCCCUGCGUCCUGCUGGUGCUGAAGGAGAUGCUUCCCACCUACCACAAGUGGCGCUACAACACAUACGGCGUCCGGGAGAGGAUAGGGUGUCUUAUCCUGGAGCUGGUCCAUGCCAUUCUGAAUCUGAGUCCUGAAGGGGAGGACGCUGGCAGCACUCCCACUCUGCAGUCGCUGUGCAUCUACAGCCUGGCCAACACGGAGGCGGGCCAGGCCGUGGUCAACAUCAUGGGCGUGGGGGUGGACACCAUAGACAUGGUCCUGGCUGCCCAGCCCAGCAGCGGCGGUACCGAGGGCCCGGAGCAGAUCCUGAUCCAGACGGUGAAGCUGGCCUUCUCCGUCACCAACAACGUCAUCCGCCUGAAGCCCCCCUCCGACGUGGCGUCCCCUCUGGAGCAGGCCCUCACCCAGCACGGCGGCCACGGCAACAACCUCAUCGCCGUGCUGGCCAAGUACAUCUACCACAAGCACGACCCCGCCCUGCCGCGCCUCGCCAUCCAGCUGCUCAAGAGGCUCGCCACAGUGGCGCCCAUGUCGGUGUACGCCUGCCUAGGCAGCGACGCGGCCGCCAUCCGCGAUGCCUUCCUGACGCGUCUACAGAGCCGCACCGAGGACAUGAGGAUCAAGGUCAUGAUCUUGGAGUUCCUCACCGUUGCCGUGGAAACGCAGCCAGGCCUCAUCGAGCUCUUCCUUAACCUGGAGGUGAAGGAUGGUAGUGAGGGGUCAAAGGAGUUCCUGCUGGGGGAGUGGAGCUGCCUGCAGGUGGUCUUGGACCUCAUCGACUCCAAGCAGCAGGGGAAGUAUUGGUGCCCGCCCCUGCUGCAGCGCGCUGCCCUGGCCUUCCUGCUGGCUCUCUGGCAGGACCGCCGUGACAGCGCCAUCUCUGUCCUACGAACAAAAGAUAAGUUUUGGGAAAACCUGACGACUCCUCUUUUUGGGACCCUCCCCUCUCCCUCAGAAAUGACAGAGUACUGUGUUCUGGAGACGUGUGCGUUCGUCAUGAAGAUCAUCGGCCUUGAAAUCUAUUACGUUGUCAGCGGCUCCUUGGAGCCGUCUCUGAAGGACGCGCUGCAGAGGUUCUCCAGCGGGCGGCGCUAUGAGUACUGGUCCCAGUACGUCAAGGCCCUGGUGGCGCACAUCUCGGAGACGGAGGAGGAGGGCGUGCGCUCGUUCCCCGAGACCCAAAUGCUCAUCUCCGCCUGGCGCAUGCUGCUCAUCCUGUCCACCUCGCACUCUGACGUGAUGCAGCUGACGGAGGAGUCGGUGAAGCUGAAGCUCUUCAUGGACGUCCUGGACGGAACCAAAGCUGCUCUGCUGGUGCCCCGGUCUCUGCCCUGUCUGCGGCUGGGCUCCAUGAUGGCCACGCUGCUCCUCAUUCUCCUCAAGCAGUGGAGAAGUGUGGUGGCCACGGCCCCAGACAUCCUCACCCCCCUGGCCCUGGUGCUGGAGAGCGUUCUGCAGGCCGACCAGCAGCUGAUGGAGAGGACGAAGGCCAAGGUCUUCUCAGCACUCAUAUCGGUGCUGCAGAUCCAGGGACUCAACGGCAGAGAGAUCCCCCAGCUGCCCCAGCUGCUGCUCUGUGUGUGUGACACGGUGAAGGACGAGGCCCUGGCCCUGAUGGACAGCACCCACCACCUGGCGCCCCCGGGGGACACCCCGGAGGACCGGGACAGCAUGGAGACGGACUCGCCCCGCUGCCUGCAGAAGGACCAGAGAGACGGGGUGUGUGUCCUGGCUCUCCACCUGGCCAAGGAGCUGUGCCGUGUGGACGAGGACGGCGAGCACUGGGUGUCGGUGAUGAGGCAGGUGCCUGUCCUCCCCUCGGUCCUCAGCGCCCUGGAGCUCAGCCUGCGUCUGAGGCAGAACCUGUUCUUCAGUGAGGCCUCCCUGCACCUGCUGCUCACGCUGGCCCGCACGCCGCAGGGGGCGGCGGCGGUGGCGGGCGCCGGGCUCAUCCAGAGCAUCUGUCUCCCUCUGCUCAGCGUCUAUGAAGUGUCCUCAAACGGGGGCUCCCAGAGUUUCUCCCGCAAGGCGCAGGACUCCCCCUGCUGGCCGGGAGUGUACCGCCUCUGCAUGUCGCUGAUGGAGAGCCUGCUGAAGACGCUGCGCUACAACUUCAUCAACGAGGCCCUGGACUUCGUGGGCGUUCAUCAGGAGCGCAUCCUACAGUGUCUGAACGCGGUGCGCACGGUGCAGAGCCUGGUGUGUCUGGACGAGGCGGACCACACCGUGGGCUUCCUGCUGCAGCUCUCCAGCUUCUGCAAAGAGUGGCAGUUCCACCUGCCCAAGCUGCUCCGGGACGUCCAGGUCAACCUGUGCUACCUCUGCCAGACGUGCACCUAUCUCCUCCACAGCAAGAAGAUGCUCCACCACUACCUCCAGGCUAAGAACGGCGAGGCGCUUCCCCCCGGCCCCCUGGCCCGGCCGCAGCGCGUGGCGGCGGCGCUGCUGACCCAGCACACGGCCAAGGAGGCGGCGGACGGGGGGGAGCGGGAGGAGGCGGAGCAGAAGGGCCUGCUCACGGUGCAGUGCAGCCUGCUCAAGAUCCUCAGCAAGGCCCUGGCCGCGCUGCAGCGCUUCACCCCCGACUGCUGCCAGAUACUGCUCGACCAGUGUAUGGACCUGGCGAGUACCCGCACGCUGUGUCUCAGCUUCAGCGCGCCUGCCUUCGACCCCGACGUGCCCCCCUCCUUCGGGACCCUGCUGGGCACCAUCAACGUGGCCCUCAGCAUGCUGGGAGAGAUCGAGAAGAAGAAGGAGCCAGCCUCCCUGAACAUCGCCUCCCUGGCCUCCCCAGAUGAGAUCCAGGCAUUAAAGUCCCUGCUGAUGUUCACCAUGGAGAACGGCUUCUACGUGUUGACCUCCCAAGCCACGCGGUGUCUGAAGGACCCUUCCAUCGUCCCCAGGGACAAGCAGAGGCUCAAACAGGAGCUGAGCUCUGAACUGAGCACGCUCCUGUCUGCUUUGUACCGACACUUCCGCCGUGGGUCUCCCUCGUCGCCGGCCUCAAGCCAGUCCAAGACCCCGGGCCCCAAGGGCAGCCAUGAGGGCCAGGAGCCCAUCAUCCAGCUGGUCCAGGCCUUUGUUAGACUGGUACAGCGGUAGACCCCUCCUCCCUUCAUACUACCGGCGGUUUGGUGUUUUUACAUCUAGAAGUGCCAAUAUAUAUAAAAAUACAACAUUCGAUUUUUGUCAAACAAAAAUGGAAAAGCGUCUUUUUUGGUUUUCAUGAUUAGUCUAAUUUUGCCAAAGUGUCUGUUACGAUAAGUUCCUGAGUUGAAUUUGACGUCGCCAUGACCAAAGCCUAGUGUGUGUAUAAUAUAGUAGACUGGUGAAUUGAAGACAUGCUUGUUUGUAUAGGUUAGUCUCAUGGAUGUGCAGUGUUUGGGCUUAUUAAAGUCCACCAGGGACCCCGUCAUGUUGUUCCUCUUGGCCUAGUUUUAUAGGUCAAAUCGCCAACUUUUGCUAACAUUUCCUUGAAUGUUAUUUUGAAAUCUGAUGCUUUUAAGAUCCAGCUUACUUAUUGUUGCCCUAUAGUAUCAGACUUUCAUGUAUUGCGAGGAGGGGUGUUUUUCAAAUUUAAAUCAGUUAAGUCUGAAAUAAAUCCUUUGUAUCGGUUUCAAAGCAGCAGUCAAGAUUUGAAAAUAAAGGGACUUUUGUAAAACAUCAA